GUUUGUUUUUUUUUGUUUUUUUUAUACAUCAAUCACUGUUGAAACUCUGAGGAGAGGAUCGCAGAGGGAUCUCUGAAGGAUCUCCGGCAGGAUGGAGGCCUGCAUGAUGAAGCCAGAGGUCAAAAAGAAGCCGAAACCGCCUAAACCUCCUCCAAAGCCCUCAGAGGUCAAAAGAAACGAGGCAGAGAGAGACGUGAAGCCAGCUCCUCUGAUGCCUCCUCGACCCAAAGAUGCUGAGCUGACUCACACAGAAUACAGAAUAAAAAAAGCAGCAGCCUCAAACAGCGAGCUGAAUGGCAGCAUCCAGCAACAAUAUACCAAACUAAAACCGUCUGAAACUGCUGCUGCUUCGCAGAGACUCGCAGGAAAGGAACCAAAAGCAACAACGAGACCCGGUGAACCCAGAAAGACUUCCAGACAAACUGACCAAACAGAAGCUGCUGCAGAUGAUAUGGAUUUCAAGCGGAGCAAUAAGUGGGAAUGUUUCGACGCAGCCAAAAAGAAAACGCCAACAUUUACAGAGAACGGAGGUCUCCUCGCUGAAAUGUUUUGCAAAACACCCAAGGAGAAAUCAUCCUCUCCUGCCCUGAAGGUCAGUAAAGCAGAAAGUGAUUCUGAAGAUGUGGAGAAAGAAGAAAAGAAAACAUGUGAACCAACCCACGAUGCCGUUUCCGACUCUGACAUCUCGGCCAGCACCGAGAACUUAUCUGACAACAAGCAGGAGAAAACUGGAGGUCUGUUCAGUAGACUCCUCAAAAAGACGCCCAAAGGAGAAAAGACUGAGACUCCAGACAGAGAGGCUCAGAGGGAUCCGUCAGCCAGCUGUGAAGACCUGGCUGAGAAUAACAAGGAGAAAAACAUUUUCAGCAACAAGUUUAAGAAAACACUGAAGCCAGCAGCAGAGGGCGCUAAAGCAGAGACACAGGACAUGGACACUGACAGACGACUGUCCGCCAGCAGUGAGGACCUGACCGGCCCAAAGGAGAAAAAAGGAGGCCAGGCUGGAAUAUUCAAAAGAUCUUCAAGCUUUGACAACCUGCUGGACGAGGUCAGUUAA